UCCAAAGCGCGCACCCGUCAGUGGAGGAGACGAGAGGACAGAAGGCGGCAGAAAGACAAAUAAAACCCAAUUAACCGACUAUUCUGAAAACCGUCACACAAAUUCCAGCCGAGAUGUCAGAGGAAAAGCCCAAGGAGGGAGUAAAGACUGAGAACGACCACAUCAACCUCAAGGUUGCGGGGCAGGAUGGGUCGGUGGUCCAGUUCAAAAUCAAAAGACACACACCGCUCAGCAAACUAAUGAAGGCGUACUGUGAACGACAGGGUCUCUCAAUAAGGCAGAUCAGAUUCAGGUUUGAUGGCCAGCCAAUCAAUGAGACGGAUACGCCUGCACAGCUGGAGAUGGAAGAUGAAGACACCAUAGAUGUUUUCCAGCAGCAGACGGGCGGGCACUGCUAAGUCCUCCCCACCUCAUUGAUGGCCACCCUCAGACCACGCCCUCAGCCACCUUCACUGUCCCUCCCCUCCUCAUUGCUCCUCAUAAACCUAUUAUUAUUAUUGUUAUUAUUAUUAUUAUUAUUAUUUCUUCAGUUUAAAGAUGUCUGUCAUGGUUUUUCGUCAGGUGUGGGCGGGAGGGGGGGCUCCUCAGCUGUUUAUGUACUGUCUCAGCCAGGACUGAACUUUUGUGCGUGUACAGUCUCUGCUGGCCAGUGGGGGCAACGUUUUCCUUCUGGCCCUGCAGGCUGAUUGGACCAACACCGCGCCACAGCUGCUCCUGGUUUGUCAGUGCUUCAUUCACUUUCCAGUGAAAGCUUAGUAUCCAGUAGUUUGUAACGGUUUUCAUGCAGCGGGGUCGAAUGUGGGGCUCUGCAGGUUUUUGUCCAGGGGUCACAGUCAGUGGGCAUGAAAAUAUUUUUGAAGUGGAAGCACUAUCUGAACUUAAUACACACCCGCCUUCCAUUUCACUUCGCUCUCUUGUGUGUUUUUUGUCUCAACAGUGACUCCUGCUCUUUGGUCAAAAAUGUAUUUUAAUUCUCUCCCCCUUUUAGGUGCUUUUGCUAAAGAGUUCUGCAAUGUUUUUGUAUUUUUUUUUUUCCUUCUUUUUUUGUUUUUGUACAGAAGUAUCAGAGUGGAUGUUAGAUAAAUGUUGUGGGGCUUGGACCAAUACUCCAAAGACCGAACUUCUGUUUCAUAUUUGCUUAAAUGGAUUAAAUGGAUCACUCUAAAAGCAAACUGCAAGGUCAAAACUGUAAGAUUUUAAGGGUUUUUUCUUCAUUAAUGUUAUUGGCUUCUUCUUUGACUGCUACUAAUUGAGAAAGAUUGCGGGCAUCCGCGGUACAGGCUAAUAGUCAUCCAGACAAAUACCUGUUCAGGGGUGGGAAAUUUAAUUUGCACCACUGAGGUGCAUCCUUAGUCGGAAUUGGUUGGGGUCUGGCUGUGUAAGGAUGAUCUCUUGAUGUGGAAUACAUAACUUUUUGUUUUCUUUCCCCGUUUUCCGAAAUAACAGGCCAGUGACCAGUCCCUAUGGUAUUCUUACAAGCUGUUCUGCUUGUGGGUUUUCAGGGUGGGCUGUGGGUGGGAGUGACUGGGAGAUUGUUCCUCAGUUCUGUUCUGGGGUCAUCUGUCUCAUCUUUGUAUUGUCCUUGCGAAUGUAGGCUGAUGGGACAACUGAUACUACAUGUGCUUUGAAGAGGAGCAACCUCCAGUUUGAGCAAGGAUAUCCAACAAAAGUCAGUAUGUAUUUUGGCAUGUAUUUUGAAGACACGUUUCUCUGCUUUGUGAACUGUUGAGAUAAUGUUCUCUGGUGUGCACAAGGCAGAAGUUGCAGGUCAUUUAUCUUAAACACCUUUAACUGCAGUUUUGAAAAUGGUGAAGAUGUCUCAAGUGGUGAUGAAUGUCUCCCAAUAUUUUGCAAUUAGGAGAAGGAUGCAUGCUGUUUGUUGCAUAUCAGAGGGGCAGGGAGGUCAACCAAUGGAGUUUGGGAGAUAAGUGUUCUGUACCCACAGGGCCCUGUUCUUUGUACAUGGAUAACUAAGUUGGCUUGAUUUGAUUGUUGAUGGUUCGACAUGAGCUUGGAUUUUUCAGUUCAGUCAUGAUUAAAGUGACAAUGAGUUUUGGAGCCUGUCUGGGCUUCUUCAGAGUGAGUUGGAUUUUUUUUUUUUCUUUUUUUUUUUUUUUUAAACCUAUUUUAAUUUAUUUUCAGAUAAGGCUGCACCUUUCUUUAGAGGCACCAAUCUAUCAGUGUUGCUACAGCUGAAGAGAUUUUAAGUAGUCACCCAUACUAAAAAGUACAAUAAAACAAAACCACUGCAAUUGAGAAAAAAAAUCAAAAUGAUGUUUGGUGCACCAGUAUGAACCAGUGCAUUUUAAGUCUGGUAUAUUGUGAACCAUUGUUAUGUAGACAUUUGCAAUACAGAUUAAACUCUUGUUUUGAGGUAACAGUAUUUGAGGAGUUGUAACUGACCUUUUGAAUUUCAUGUUUUAGUCUCCCUUGACCUUUCAGAUAUGCUCCCAUAUUCUUAAAUGUAGUUUGUUGUAGUUCAGCCGCACUAGAAAGAUGAUGUAAUUUUUAAAAAGUAAUUAAACAGUAGUCUGCAUCAUGUUUUACAGCUGUAUUUUUGUAUGUAUUCUAUAUAGUAAAAACAUUAGUCAGUGCUAGUAAUCAAAUAUUUUUGAAUGAAUAUAUGAAAGACAAAUGGUCAAAAGGUUUCACUCUACUGCUGUCUGCUGUUUGAAGUAUUCACUGCUGUCCCCUCAUUUGUCAAAUUGCUAAAUCUGUGGGUGAUUACUCUCAUAGAUAUGCUGCUGCACAAACCAGUCACAAGUAUUGAUCAUGGUUUCAGCUUUCCUCUCUCACAAAAUUAAGAGCACAGUUAUCAGGACAACCAAAUCAGCCUUCCACUUGCAUCUGAAGAACCAAGUUAGCUGGACAGAGAUCAUUUGAGGUGGCUAACAUGAGCUAAUGAGGUGUAAUGUACAAGGAACGGGGCCCAUGUCUUGUCAUGUUAUUUGUUUCUCUACUGAUUUGUACAUUAUUUGUGGUCUUUUACUACUGUAUACAAUAAAUAUAGUUUGGUACUCAGA